GUUUUUCCUUCCUUCUCGGAAGUGGUGUUUUUCUCUCCUCUCGUCGGAGCUCAGGUAGACGUUACAGAUUCGCGCAGCAUUCCAGCACAUUCCUGCCACAGGAUCUGAACGAACAAUGGUGUGCAUUCCCUGUAUAGUCAUUCCAGUUCUGCUGUGGGUUUAUAAAAGGUUCCUUGAACCGUAUGUUUAUCCCUUCGUCUCACCAUUUAUCAAGAGCUUGUGGCCCAAGAAAGCAGUGCAGGAAAUGCCGAAGGAAGACCAAACCAGCAGCACUGAAAGUGGACGUGAGACCAUGGACGAGUUCUCCACAGAUGAAUCCGAACUUUCUAAAACCAAAAGCAAUGGCAUUGCAAACGGACUUGCCGGAACUGGUCCUAUGGAAAUCUCCGACAAAAAGACUGAUUAAAUAAGCUCGUGUCGUGGGAUUGUGGCUGCUAUAAGAAAUGAACUGAUGAUGCUGUUCCCAGUUGGAAAUUAAUGUCAUUGCACUUUUAUAAAAAUGGAAAUGUGGAAUAUGUAUAGACACAUAUGUAUAGGAUGAUUCUGCCU